AGAAAGCGUCAUUUGCGGUGCUUGCAUUGUGAAAAUUUGUAAUUUUAGUGAAAAUAAUUAACUAAAAAACAUUAAGUAAAUAUUUUAUAAUUGAAAAAACAUUAUGGGUUCUUCGAAGAAACAUAAAAAACACAAAUUAGAAAGAAGGGAGAAAUAUGAAGAAUAUAGCCACAAUACGGAUCCCUCCAAUUUGCAAAGAGGCCUAAAGUUGAUAUUAAAAGUGGGACCUAAUAGCACCCCCGAAUAUUCAGCCGAUGGCUGCUCUUUAACGUCCACCGUAGCUGGCCCUCCCACGGCAGCUGAGGCUAUGUGCAGCAGCCCCUUGAUGCUGGAGGACUUGGAAGAAUAUCGCGAAAAGCACAAGAAAUCCAAGAAAAAGAAGAAGAAAAAAGAUCGCGAGAAGAAGCACAAGCACCACAAGGAAAAGAAGCGCGACAAGGGUGAACGUCAUAUAAGUGAAAGUCCCAGACGUGAAAAUUCUUCGGUAGAACAUAUUGAAGAUUUAACUUUAAUCGCCAGUCAAGAUUCACAAUCUCUGCCUGGAUGUUCUUCUUUUCAAAUACAACGUAGUCCUAAGAUUGUGGCGGCAGGGCCGCCUUCGAAUAUUGCUUUGACGGCCGACGGUGAUAGUAGUCAAGACGGUUUUAGUUUUAUGGACGAUGACAAUUCACAACCUUUGCCGGAGAAUAUUCUCUUCUAUGCAAAUAUGACUACCGACAAUUCGCCUUCUUGCAGGCCAGUUUCUAAACCGAUUGUACCCAUAAAAUCGGAAGACACAAUAAUCGCUUCUCCAUCGUCUUCAUCUAUACAAAGUAUUUCAAUGGGACCCACAUCAAGUGGAGGUAUGGGUAAUGACGGUGUUGGGUUAGGGAAUGUGACCGUACCAGGAAGUCCAGCUACUAGUAUUGGAGGUAUUAGUCCCACAAAACCAUUAGCGGAGUUAAUGAUACCAUCCCCUUCACCAUCCACAGCCGCUUCCACGCCAGGCGGUUGUGGUUCUUUGGCGGCCCUAACACCCAAACAAUUGGAGGCACCCAAAACACCCAGUUCAUCGAGUGAGUCGGGACGAGAACCACGCACAUGUGUAUUGAAAUUGAAACAACAAAAAUCUCCACUAAAUAAACUACUUGAACAUCUGUUACGUAUUUUGGAAAAACGUGAUCCUCAUCAAUUUUUUGCUUGGCCCGUGACCGACGAUAUUGCUCCGGGCUAUUCAAAAAUCAUUAGCAAACCCAUGGAUUUUUCAACGAUACGACAAAAAAUCGAUGACAACGAUUACGGUACCUUGACGGAAUUCACCGAUGACUUUCGUUUGAUGUGCGACAAUGCCAUACGUUACAAUCAUGUAGAUACUGUGUAUCAUAAGGCCGCCAAGCGUCUGCUACAGGUGGGCAUGAAACAUUUGGCACCCGACAGUUUGAUGAGAAGUCUUAAGCCUUUGUCGGGUUAUAUGCGGGAACUAACAGUAAAGGAGUUGGGUUUCGAAUUAGUACAAAAUCAUGGUGAUUUUCCCGCCUAUGACCAUCAUGCCAUGGCUGAUUCGGCCGAUGAGGGAGCCUCGACGGGCACAGAGGAACCCUUGACUCAAGCUCAAAUUGAGGAGGAGAGAAAACGUAAAGCCAUACGUUUGGAAAAUCAACCCAAGACACGUUUUGAACCCUAUGUCGAUGAUUUGACUUCAGAAGAGAUUUUAGCUCAAGUACAAGGUGCUGCUCAAGCAGCUAAAAAACGUUUAUCGGCCAAGGAAAGAGCCCAUAGAAUGGGUUUCUUGAGACAAAAUAAAGAUGGUUCUACCUCUCUGAAUGUACUCACGAAAGAUGAAAAUGAAGGGCCCGAAAAAGUUGUUUCCCUGGGCGAUUUAGUGGGUAAACUUAAGACUGGCUCGGGACAAGUGCAGGGAUAUCGCGAAGACAAACGUAACGAAGCUAAACUGGUGAAACCCUUAAACUAUGGACCAUUUGCCUCCUUCGCUCCCACAUUCGAUUCACGUUUCUCUACCCUGAAUAAGGAUGAAACCCAGUUGGUAUUGGAAACUUAUGGUGAUGCAACCAGCACUGAAUAUGCCGAAAGCAUUUUACAAUUUACCAAAGAUUCCUCUUAUGCCACCAUGUUGGCCAAUGGCCUACUCGAUAUCCUAACAAAUGGCGAACAUUCCAAGGGCAUACAAGACCUCUACGAUCUACAAGUACAAAACUAUGAACAACAGGAGGCUCUAAAAUGUUUCAACAGUGCCGGUCCCGUGGUAGACAGCUCGGCAAGUGUGGAAACUCGUGCUGAAAUUGAACAAGAGUAUGAAAAGUAUAAAAAUACCCGUAUUGAUUUCAAUCGCCUGCGUAGCUUAAAUGAUUUGGGCAUUAAAGUCGACUUUUUGGAUGAUAUAGAAAAGGAAAUGAAGAAUUUCGAAUUGACACGUAGACUGCAAGAACAUUUGAGCAAUAAUUUGAACUUGAUUGAUAAACUAAGGAAUACACAACAUGACCGACUCUCACAGCCAUUGCCGCAGCAUUUGGGUCUUGUACAGCCACCCUCUCAAGAGGAAACACAAUUGGCUCAACAAAUUACCCAGCAAUUAACUGAUGUUGUUAAGAAGUUGCCACCCUCGGCGAUAAUAGAUCCCUAUGCCUUAAGAAAAGCCAUGGGAUUAUCAUUUGUUGGUUUACCACCACCACCAGAACCCCAGCAACGUUUACAGGUGCCUGCUCUUAUACAACAACCUGUGGCCUUGCCCAAUAUACCUUUCACACAAAACCUUCCUUCCACAUCGUCUGCUGCAGCCCAACAAGAUGGCAGCAGCAAUUUAUCGAUUGCCAUGGACAUAGAUGAAGAUGUUUCGGCCUCAGCAGGUGGCGAUUUGGAAAAUGAACUGCGUGAAUUUUUAGAAAGUGGACCUGGUCUACAUGCCGCCUCCUCAACAGCAGACGAUAAUAAUUUGAUGGCUCAAUUACUUAUGAAUUAAAAUUAAUUAUAUUGUUCUUUCUUUACUGUAGCUUUAUAUUGUUUUUAAUUUAACAUUUUAAUUUUUUUUAACGAUUCCAUCUUUAUUUUUAAUGUAAUUUAUGAUGUAUUGGACUUUUCUUAAGCUGUUCGAUUUUUUUAAAUAUCCUUAAAAUUACAAAUUUGUCUCCUAAUUAUAAUGGUUAUAAAUACAUUUAUAUUUAAAACAAAGAAAUUAAAAUAGAUUUGUGUAUAAUACAGAAUUAAUUGAAAA